AUGGGCGGCCUGCGCGGGGUCAUCCGUCCCGGGGUGAACUGGAACGCCCGCGCGGAGGAGGAGCGAACGACGAGGAGCGAGGACGGGCGAUCUCGCGGCGGCGCCGGGGAAAUUCCCGACGACGCGCCGGAAGCGUCCGUCUCCGCGCGUCGCGACGGCGACGCCGAACGCGUCGGCGCCGGCGGCGAGCGAGUGAAGAAGGCGACGAAGAAGGAGAAGAAGAAGGAAAAGACGAAAGAGACCGCCGUCGUUGACGGCGGCGACGACGCCGACGCGGGAGGGAAGGGAAAGAAAUCUGGUGGCAAAAACAAAAAAGCGCGACAGAAGAAUCUCACGAAGCAUCUGUCGCUCCGAGCGGAGUUCACGACGCCCACGGUCGCGAGCGAUCACCCGUUCGAGUACGACGCCGCGGACCACUGCGAGACGCCGUUCCAGGCGUACCAAGACGUCGAGCCGUUCCUGUUCCGCGUCGCGCUCGCGCUGAAAAAACCAAAGGAGAAGCUCGUCAUCUACGACCCGUACUUUUGCGAAGGGUCCGUCGUUAAACACCUCGCGCGGUUAGGGUUCGCGAACGUCAUCAACCGGAACGAAGACUUCUACCAGUGCAUCGACGAGAAGCGGAUACCGGAGCACGACGUGUUGCUCACGAAUCCGCCGUACAGCGGCGACCACUUCCGGCGUAUCCUGUCGUUUUGCGGGAAAUCCAAAAAGCCUUGGCUGCUCCUCCUGCCGAACUUCGUGUGCCGCAAGCAGUACUACGAGCCCGCGAUCGGGGCGUCUUCGAAACCGCUGUUCCUCAUCCCCGAUCAGCUGAAGCCGUACCGGUACUGGGCCCCCGGACGGAAAGGGUACGAGGACAGGACCAGGGCGAAGGGCACGACGCCCUUCGAAACUUUUUGGUACGUCGACUUCGCCGGGGUGGCGUCGCACGCGGACGUGAGGGCGUGGUGGAUGAAGAAGUUCUCGCCGCACAGCAACUGCACGCUGCCGGACGUGAACGACGCGUUGCCUCAGCAGCAGCGGCUGCAGAAGCGUCUGAACCCGAGGGCGAGGAAGAUCGCGGCGAAGAGAGAGCGCGAGAGCGGCGGCGGAGGAGGAGGAGGAGACGGUGAGAAAAAAAAAUCGAGCGGGUGCGGGUUGUACUACGACCCCGAGCGCGCGAAGAGGGACGCGCUCAAGCGCGCGAGCGACGGCGGCGUCGAGAAGUUUCACGAGAAGAAGAAAAAGAAGAAGGAACGGUAG